GAACUCAAUGAUAUCUUAAGAGAGUUUUAUUAUACAAUAAGGAAUCAUGAUGGGAAUACCUACAGUGUGGCAAGCUACAAGUCCAUGCGUGCUGGCUUAAACCGGCAUCUCAAAAUGCCACCUUAUAAUCGUCAGAUUUGCUUAAUGAAGGACAAAGAGUUUGCUAGUGCAAACAUGGUAUUUGUGAGCGUGCUGAAGAUGCUACGCAUGCAGGGAAAGGAUGAGACUCACCACCAUCCUCCUAUAGCUGCUGAGGACUUACGUAAGAUUAAACAGUCUGGUGUGCUGGGAUUGCACAGUCCACUGGCGCUCGUCAACAAGGUGUGGUUUGAUUUGCAGUUGCAUUUUGCCAAACGAGGGAGGGAAAUUUUAAGAGAUCUGGCUCCAGAUGCUUUUGUUGUUGAGAAGGACAAGAAUGGGCGUCGAUAUGCUAUGUUUAGGUAUCCUGGCAAAGGAAAAAAUGGAGAAGAUCCUCAUAAAAUGGGUAAAAUGUAUGAUAUGCCAGGGGACCCAAACUGUCCUGUUUUAUCCCUGGAGCUUUAUUUGUCUAAGUUGCCUCCGGAGCCCCCUGCCUUUUACCUGCAUCCUUUAAAGCUAACGUCAGAGCAAAUGCAAGAACAGCCUGUCUGGUACAAAAGAGAACCGAUGGGUGUGAACUACUUAGGUACCAUGAUGCCCAGGAUAAGUGUGGCAGCCAGGCUCUCUCAACGAUACACCAAUCAUUCUCUCCGAACUACCACCAUCCAGCUACUGUGUGAAGCAGGACUGGGGCCUAGAGAAAUAAUGGCAGUGACAGGCCAUCGCUCCGAGUCUGCUAUUAGACACUACUGGGGAGCUGCAGAAGUACGCUACAGGGCUUGGUCAGAUACAAUGGAGAAUAACACCCCCAAUUACCUAUAUAGCAAGAUCCCAAAUGAAGUGAUAAAAGAAUCACUAUCUGGUGCCUCCACCUCUUCUAUAAACCAUGUUGUUCUAGAACAAAGCAAAAUUUUAUUCCCUAAGAAAUCUGUGGUGCCACCUGGCACUAAUUGUGUGACUUUAGUCCCUGAGGGACACCCAGCUCUGAAUUUCAAAAGCCCUGUCCCGGUGAACCACAGUUCCAAGGUGUUUAUCCCCAAGAGCACGGCCAGUGGGAGCCUAACUGCCAGUCCCCUUCAAGGCUGUUGUAAUGAACCUGUCUUUAUAAAGCGUGUGAUAAAACAGGAACCAAUGACCUGAUGCUUCUGUAAUGGAACUGAUUUCAAAUGAAUUGCUAAAAUGGAAAAAUUAACAGAUUUGUUUUUUCACUUGGUCUACUAAGAAAAUUUCUUAAUGGUCUAGUUCAGCAAGAAGUAUCCUGUUCACACUCCUGAAGUGAGCUAUGGAACAGAAACUUAAACAGAGUAGGGCUUGGAGUUUGUAUGACACUGUGGCAGCUGGGACUCUCCAAGUGGCUGUGCAGAGCUAUUUUAAAAAAAAUUAAAGAAAGAUAUUGAUUUCCACUUAGCUGAAGAGCUAUGCUUUCUUCACUGAGUGCAUGGCUUUUAUAUUUUGUGAAGAGUGUGUUUAUUAUAACAUUCUGUGCCUGCUGGCACUAAUGUAGCAUCCUACAAAUCAAAUACUUGAUUACUAAAGAGCACGGAGAAAGUAGAAGCUGAAUGAAAUACGCAGAUACACUACAAAUACAUACAUAUGCAUGAAAACACCUGGAAUUGCUUGACUGCUGUCACCCUCUCUGUUCAAAUUAUUAUCGGACCUACCAGAGAAUUGUGCCUUUUUUUGUUUGGUUGUUUUUCUCAAACGUUCUUCUAAAUUGAUUCUUUCUGUGAGCUACAAAUUUUUAUUGCAGGUCUUUCCUUUUCCUAUCUAAUAUUUCUGGCUAAGAUUUUAGUCAUUCUGUUCUCCAAAGGCACUAGUUGAUACAAAUUAUAUUAAAAUUGGGAUCUCCAGUUGUGCACAAAAUGGGGAAAACGUUCUCAAAAGAGUUGAGGACAGGUUUGUUGCUUAAAUGGCAAGUAAUUAGAGUUGAAGUGUUGUCUCUGUAUGUUCUUAGCUUGUGAGAGGAUUUUUUUGUAUUUCCUCUCACCUACCCUUUCCAUUACAUUUCACAUUGUCUUUGCAGUAUAGUCUUUGUCAGUAUAGUAUGAUUCACAAGCAGCACAUCCUGUUCUUCCACACCAAACCCGAUCCAAAUAUUUUGAGCUUUAACUUCUUCAGAUUAGUUCCCUGUAGUAAACUGAUCCUAUCACUACAUUUUCCAUAGGAGAUUUUUACAGAUCAGAAUUUCUCAGGAUAGUGGAUGUGAAUUUUGUCAGAGAAAUGAGGCUGUAGUUUUAAAGGUUCUUUAAUGAAAAAAAAAAAAACUAGUUUGUCUGCUAUUCUGUGCCAUAAUUUUUGUCAGAUUCUGACAAAUCUAGUAUCUUCCUGUAAGUAAAAAUGGAAAACUGGUCAUCAAAUCACAAAUUAUGGUAGGUCCACUUUGGAAGAAGAAAGAGUGUAGUAUUUAAACCUGUUUUCCAUUAUAUUAAUUACAAAAAAAUAAGAAUGGCUUUGUCUUUUUGAAAUCUGUGUGCAUGUGUGUGUACACACAUGUCCACACACACAGUUUGUCACACUAAGGACUUCACUGGAAGUGUUCAUGUUGCUCAGCAGUGGACAAAAUAGAGAAAAAUCCCAGCUGAAAUAAAAAGUGGAUGGUGAUAAACUCUUUAAUUCUGUGGAGGACUUCCUUGCUGGGAAAGGCUUUCAAAUAAUGAAUGAGAUUUAUCACUUUGUUAUAGUCUGAACAGAGGACUUGAUGCCUGAACUUUAGUUUUGAUCUUGGCUGAUAAUGUUUACCUUUGUGGCCUUGGGUAGGUUAUUCAUACUUACUGCAUCAAUUUUCCAAAGUGUGAGACGAGCACAGUGUUCCAUUUUUUGAUGAAUCAUGUUAACGAUUAAAAGGAUUUGAAAGUGCUAUAAUCAUCGUACAUAUUGUGUUUACAGGUUUUUAUUUGCUGAUAUGAUGAUUGAGGUAGUUGAUAGAUAGAAUUGUUAAUAUAAAAAUUACUUCUGCACAAUCCUGUAAUUUCUUAGUUGCAGCAUUAAAUUACAACAUUGAUGACUACAGGAAGGAAAUCAUGGAUCCAGGAUUAUCACUUUGUCAAGCCUAGAGUAAAUCAAAUGGAAAUGGUAAAGAAAGUAAUUCUUUCUAACAGCUAUAAAGAAGAAAAAUUGAAAAAAACAAAGGGCAGAAGUUCUCAAAAUACAGGAGAACUAUGCAGUAACUUAUUCUAGGAUAUUUUAAAGUAAUGUAGUUUUCCAAAUUUCAGGAUUUAUAGAAUUCAGAAUUCAGCCAGACUGGCAAAUUUAAUUUCUCAUUUGAAGAGAUUUAUUCCAAACUCCACAAAAUAUUCCCGUCUUCAUCUCAGGUGAUUGCUUGUUCAGGCAUACUGGCAUUGAAUAUUUAUCCUGCAGAAACAAGAAAAGUAUUUUGCCAGAAGAUGAUUCUAUUUUGUUGCCUCUUGCUGCAUAUUUGGGACCAGAGCAUGCCCUGCUGUGGUCCCAACUGCAUCUAGGUGACUUAGUGCAAUAGCAUAUUGCUAAUUGUUUCAUUCCUUAAUGCAAAUCUAGUUGGUGAUUUAAAUGGAAAAAAGGACUCUUUUGGCCAAUCUGGGCAUGUCCCUGAUGCUUUUUAAUUAUCAUUUGGCUUUUAACUUGAAUUUCAUUCUGUUGGCUCAUGAUAGGGUAUUUUUGGCUUCUCAUUUGUUAAAUUCUAAUUCUAUUGGCACCAUUUAUACAAUGUUCUCUUACAACCUUCACCUUCAUUUUGAACCUGAUACUUCAAAGCUACUGACUGCAGUAUUACUACCUAAUUAUUUUUGUAUGGGAGACAUUUUUUUUUGAAAAUGAGAAAAAAGCAUUCCUGGUGUGGGCUGGAAGUGUUACUGCUUCACAGGAGCUGGAGUCAGUGUUCACUAAGCUUUCUGCUAAUAUCUGAUUAAUUGUAAUCAAUAGAACAUAUUUCUAACCUUCCAGAACCAAAAAAUCUUUCUCCUGUUCCCACUCCCACCCAAAGUGUUAAAUGACUCUUUCCUACACGUAUUUUCUUUCUAGAAGUGCUGAAGCAGGCAAGCAGAAUGGGUGUUUUGCUGCUUUUGUAAAGUCAGCUUUGGUUAUGUGUACAGUAAUAUGGGGAGCAGGGGGUCUUUUGCCCUUUUUUUCCUCCUUUUUUUCUUUUUUUUUUUUAUUUUUUAAACUGUGAAAUAAGAUUUCAAGUCAGUCCUGUUCAUUGCAGUACACGUUAUGCUGUAUGAAUAUUAUGAAUUCUACCAAAAUGGACAUGAGUUGGACUCCUUAGUGGCAGUAUAAGCAGAGAACUUCAAACAGCAGGAUAACUGAGUUUCUGAGUGUGGUUUUGUUUUUUUUUCCUCUUUCCACUAUAGGUAAGGCAUGUUGGUGAACCAGCAGGUUAAGUUGGUUAAACAGUUAAGACAAACUGUUUGUCUAAACUUCAAUUUAGAUUUAAGCUGUAAACUUAACACAAACUUGUUAAUCAUUUAAAAUUCACUUCAAAAAUCUGAAUAAAACAAAUACACUUUGAAAGAAAUCUAUCAUCUGUCACUUUUGAUUUUUCUGUUUAGAUCUUUUCCUAAAAUAGUCCAUUUCAGUUGGGGAGAAAAAACCCAACCACCAGUACUUAGCCUUAACUAAGUCAACUAAACUAAUUUUUUCAUUAAUCACUACCAUACAUUGAUUAAAUUCCAUUUCUCUUGAUGGAGAUUACUCUGAAAACAGUGGGGAAUGACUGGAACCUAAUAUAAUACAACCAUAUGUUUAGCUUGGCAUCUAAUUUUCAUAGUGAAGCUUUGAUAUUGGUGCUGUAAAUCUAGAACUUGUAUUUUCUGUGCUUUUUCCUGGUAAGUUUGGAAAUCUCUGCUUUUACUUCAAGGAGUACCCUAAUUACUUUUUAUUUUUAUGAAGUUGGCACAGUAUCUUAUGGUAUGUUAAUUAUUUUUUUUAUUCUUUUAUUGCUAUUUAAGUAAUUCAUCCCCACCAUAAGGUACUGUGAUCUACAGUGUGGGAGAUCUAGAAGGGUAAAUGUUUUAUACUAUGUGCACCUUCUCUGUGACCCUGAAGAGCUCCAUUGUGCACGGUGUCAAGUAACUGAAGGCACUGGAAGAUUGCUUUGAAACUUAAUGUUGUCUUGGUUUUGUUGUGAUUUUAGUCUGGUACAUCUCUUGGGUUAUCCUGAACUAUACAGCUUCUAAAUAGUUGUAUAUUGUUUAGAUCAGUAUACUCAAAGUUUUCAGUAAGCAGCUUGGACAUAUGAUUUUGCUGUAUGACUGCUUCUCCUUUUCCAGCCUUCCUCUGCUUCUUGCUCCAGAAGGAAUGGCCACAGGGAUGCAGGAGGGGACAUCUUACUAUGUUUGUGUUAGUCUCUCAACUUCAGCUUUUUUCUGCAUACACAGAAAUUUAAGGUUUAUUAUUCAAUCCCAGUCAUUUUACCAAUAGCCAUUCCAGUGCCUCGGGUCCUAGAAUUGCAUUUCUGAAGACAUGACAAGGACUUUUAAUGUGUUGGGGUAAAUAUUACUGUUACAGAAGCAAAGGUGUUUUUAAUUAUAUAACAGAUCUUUAGAAUGGUUUUUAAGUAUUUUAUUAUGAAUCCCAGUUAUAGAUACAGGAUCUAUAUAUAUAUUAUAUAUGAUAUAUAAAUAUAGCUAUGGUAUACCGAGAGACUCUAUGAAAGCAAUUUUUAUUACGUUGUGACAUAAAAUAACUGAACACAUUUGAAUGGGGUUGGAUGUGUUAAAAAUGGCUGGCAUAAAGUCAAUCUGUUCAAGAGUGAUUACAUUAUAUUUACUAAAACACCAGGUCAGGUGAAUAGUAUUUUUUUCCCUGUUCCCCACUCCAGGUGCGCCUUAUGCUCUUACAGAGUAAAUCUUUUUUCAGUCUAAAUUUCAUCUGUGCAUUUUGCCUUUUCAGCUAAUACUAGUUUAUUUUUUAAAAAAAAAGUAAAUCCACCAGUGUUGUAUCCAUUUCUCAUUUUCUGACAUGCCUUGAUUUGUUUGGUUGAACUACAGUUUAAUUGAAGCUAUUUUGCUGACUUGGAAAUUCGUCUGGUAAAAUGUUAAUCAAGUACACUUAUAACUCCUAUCCCUUUGCUUUGUAAUGUGUAAUAAACUUUGUGACUGUCUGUUGGGAAACAAUGUGAACAAAGUGGGUAUGUCAGCCUACAAUUUAUAAGCAGCUAUUAAGUCUAUGUUGUUGAAGCAUUCUUGAUUAAUAUGUUUCCUUGCAUUUCAUGGUUUUGUCACUGAAAAUAAACAUGCAUAAUUAUAUAUGUAAAAUGGGCUACUUGAUUUUUGUCUCUGACCCUGGGGUUAUGUUUGUGCUGUUUAAAAUGUAACUAGCUGUCAUCCGUGAGGUGGAACCUUUGCCUGAGACUAAUUGUAAAUCUAAAUUACAAAGAUGUUAGCAGGAGGACAGUUUAAAAGAUAAAUUAAAAAAAAAUAAUAAUAAUCUGAAGAAUUCCCAACAGGACAUCACAUAGCUGAAUUGGGUAGUUGUUGUAAGGAACAAAAUUCAAGUGAAUCCAUUCUUGUAUGACUUCUAAAGUGAUUUGGCUGUCCCCGAGAGCUUAUCUAUGUUACCUAAACCACUUCCAGUUACUAUGAGCAGCUUUCUGUAAGUAAAUAUACUUGUGUUUUGUAGGCUUCAAUUUGUCAUUUGGAGCAAAAAAUUGGAAAGGAAUACUAAAACAAUCUAACUGAUGAUGUCAUAACACCAGAUGUGGAUAAUAGCUUUUAAAAGCUACAUUAAACUAAUUAGGAAAGGGAUAUAAAUAUAUUUGCUGAUUAAUAAGGUGAUCUUCCAUCAUCCAAGAUGGACAUCCCACAUAAUACUGUUGGGAAACUGUCAGUGGGCUUUGGGGAAACAAGGUAUAUGUCUCACCUUAAGAGUAAAAACCAGUAGAUGUACAUGUGUGUGCAUGCAUGUAUGUAUGUUUAUUAUAUACCCUUUCAGCUGUUUGAGGAAAACCAAAAUCACAGCAGUAGAUAAAUACUUCAGGCAUUUUAUCAUGUUCCUUUAUAGCUUUUAGUUGGAAUUAUGAUUGGUGGAGCCUAAACACGAAUCUCUUGAUAGACUUCUGAAUUUAUGAAUCUUACUAAUAGGGGUAGCAGAGCCAAUAUCUACUCUUUGUACUAAAGUAGUGAGAGGGUAUAUAAUACAUAGGGAUUACUAAGACUGGUUAUUCUUUUUUUUUUCCCCAUGCUUGUAUUGUUCUUGUUCUGUAGGAAGUGUUGCACAGUACCAGUUAAGGAUAAGUGGAACAGAGCAAUCUUGUAAAUGCAAUACGUAAAAUGUCUGUUAAUAGUGUUUGAGUGUAAUACAAGUAUGCAAUCACACAGUUAGCAAAACAUAUAUUGCAGCCCUGUGAAAUUUUGCUUGUGCAAACUAUGAUCUUGGUAAACCUCUAACUUUAUUGCAUUAAUGUUUUCAUUUUUAUCAUGGUAAGACAUGGCAAAUACAUUUGGUACGUGUUCAAAUAAAUUUUCAUGACAGCUUUUCAAGGCUGGGAUAAUUAUUUCAGUUCUGUGGGAGUUACUGCAUUGGAAAAAAAAUAACUGUUGAGGAGUGAUAAGUCUGACAUUAAGGCAGUUAAUGACUGGAAUAUACUCAAAAAUGUGUUUAAAAAAAAUUUUUCCAUAGCUGCUUAGACUGCUUGAAAUUUGUAGUUCUGUGUAUGGGUGACUAAAAACAUAAUAUGGGCCUUAUAAUUAUGCAUACAAACACAAUAUCACUACCCUCCCCAAACACACCCCAUUCCCAGAACAUUUUUUUAACAUUGCUUUCCAUAAUUUGAGAUCAAUUUUGCUAUUAUAUAACGCCUUGGUGCGUCAUGUAUGAUUGUGGUGGUGUGAUCCUUCAUGGACUGUCUUGUUUUACAACCCCCAGAAUUGUUUCUGUUUUGAUACUGUAGAAACUGUUAAUAAUAAAAUUGUCUGCACUGUGUCAUUGUACCACACAUGAUCUUCAGAAUUUUGAUCUUUACUACCCAGGAAUUAAUUUUUAUUUUGCACUGUAUUUUUUGUUGCAUUUUCCCACACACACUUCAUUUGUCACUUCUACAUACUGAAAUUUGCCUUUUUGAAAAGCAGGUGGCAUUACAAUGAAUAGCAUUGCUAUCUCUAUGUGAUGAACUGAACCAUGGCGUUAUAUAAUACCAAAACCUUUUUUUUAAUUGUAUGUAUUAUAUAUGAAUAGAGAAGAGCAUACUCAGAACUUUCUCCAAAAUACCGACAUACACCUUUUGGUUUUUCAUGUUGUAGAAUACAUGUGCGUGUUGGUGUAUGUGUGCUGUUACACAAAAUGAUGUAACAGGUAACAUUUGCUGUUCAGUUUGAGUUUUAGAGAUUUCCUUCCCGAUUUUGUUCAGUAGUUUGCCGUUGACAUGUAUAUGCUGUGGUGAUGUAACUACUGCUUCCUGUGUGAAAUUUCAAAAUUUUAGUUACAGUGGGAGAGACCUCCUUUUCUCAACAUGAUGUCUACUGUAUGUGCUUUGGCCUUUAAAUUCAGUCUCUUUGCUUGUAUUUGUUUUCCUCAUGGAAUUGGACUAGCUUUUUUUCCUCCCAUCAUCCCCAACCCUUUUUUCUUUCUUUUCAAAAUUACAAAUUAUACAUCAACCUAAUCGCAGCAGUGCUGAUCUGAAAACAUUGCUUGAUAGCAAAACUAAGAUGAUAUUCUUUCUCUGCUACAGGGUGUUUUACAACAGUGUAAAAUGGUCUCAGUGCAUGGAAAAACAUAAAAAGAUAGUAGCUGGUCUCAAUCUCCCUACUUUCCCAGAGGCAGACGAGUAAACUGCUUCAGAGUCACUUCAACACCAGAGACAGCUCUUUAU